CUAAAGAAAGAAAGAAAGAGCUCGCGUGUGAUGUGUUUGUGUAUCCUCAGUGUUUUUCUCUCUUGAGUGUUUUAUUGAUUGCAAACAGAGUCUUGUCUCUGUGUAUUUUAGUGUUUAUGAUGGAUGUGAUGUGCUGUAAAUCAGUAGGAACUGAUCUGUCCAUGCUGGAUAUUGAUGAUUUCAUCACAGAAAUCUCUCAGCUGAAGAAAGAGGUGGCGUUACUGGAGACAAAGCUGAGAUUAAGAGGAGAUGAAGGACUGAAGAGAGAGGACUCCGAGCUCAGUCUGACUUUACUCUGUUAUACUGAGUCAAAGCACACAGACGCUCAGGACACUACAGUGUGUGACAGUAAUCAGGACUUACAGGAUGAUGAAUCUACUGAUCAAACCUCCACAGAGUCUCUGGAUUCUGUCUGUAACGCUGGAGAACAGCAGCAGAUCCUGCAGACCAAACUCAAGAUGGAGGUAAAAACUGAACCUGUAGAAGAGGAAGAUCACACUGAUGAUGAUGUUAAUGAUUUUAUUCCUUCAGAUGUGAAGAGUGAAUUAUGUUUGGAUGGAGAAAUAACGUCCUCGACUCUUUCCUGCAUCACCGGUGGAGAGACAUUGAGCUCACAGAGACAUUUAGAGAGACAACACACAGAACAAAAACUCUUCACCUGCACCAGAUCUGAAAUCAGCUCUACUACCUUACAAGAGAAGAAACUUCACACGAGGACGCACAAUAAUGAAAAGUCUUUCUACUGCAGUGAAUGUGGCAAAUAUUUAAGCAGCAAACACUCUCUUGAUGGUCAUAAGAGAGUUCACACUGGAGAGAAACCUCAUCACUGUAAUGUUUGUGGGAAGAGUUUUAAUUGUCGCAGCACUUUAGUAAAGCACCAGAGAAUUCAUACAGGUGAAAAACCUUACAAAUGCUCUCAGUGUGAGAAGACGUUUACUCGAUCCGACAUCCUGAAGGUCCAUGAGAGAAUUCACACUGGAGAGAAACCUUACGUCUGCUCUCAAUGUGGAAAAAGCUUCACUGAUCUAUCUCGUUUCAGGGUUCAUCAGAGAAUUCACACUGGAGAAAAACCUUAUCACUGUAGUGUUUGUGGGAAGAGUUUCAGUCGACAUUACAGUUUAGCAAAGCACCAGAGAACUCAUUCAGGGGAAAGACCUUACAAAUGCUCUCAGUGUGAGAAGACGUUUACUCAGGCAUGUCACUUAAAAGCCCAUCAGAGUAAAGCACAUUCAUAAAACAUAUUACUCUGAAAUCAUCAUAGCAUCUCAAUCUGUGAAAGUCAAACCCGGAGUGCUUUAGAGGUCAAUCUCACAUUAAGGUUUAAUGUGUUGUCAUUUGUUAACAGCCAGUGCAGGCCCGGAUUGGCCAUAGGAAAGACCGGGAGAAUUCCGGUGGUCUGGUCUGUUUUUUUGCCACGAGGGCUGGUGUUGUCACGCCACCGAGUUGAAGGUGUCACGGCUAGUCCGUGUCGUGUGUGUCUCCAAUUACGUCACCUGGAUUUUUCGCGGACUGAUUGCUCAUCUCACCUGUUCCUUGUUUAGUCUUUGUGUAUUUAUACUGCUGUCUGUGUCACACUUGUCGCCGGAAGAUUGUCAUUACAACCCUGUCUGUUUCCUGUGUCACGUUUGGAUGUUCCUGUGUUUGCUUACCUGUUACUCCUCGUGUUUUGAUUUCCAGUGUUAUCAUUAAAUGUUAUUUAUUUUUUCCAAA